UAGUUUUAUGCGUUUUGGUAACAUUUUUUAAGCAGUAUAGAUUUGAUGCUAUUGCUUCAUGGUACAAAAGGGACAAUCAAUUCACAACCACUUCCGUUAGCUCAGGUGGCUAACGGUGCUAACUUGUAAAUAAUCCGAAUUCUUAUAAUCCGAAUUCAAUUAAUCCAGAUUCAAAUAAUCUAAAUUCAGAGGCUACUUGUGUCAAAGUGCCUCUAGUGCACUGAAAACAGUACCCAACAAACACACACACCACAGUUCUCUACAUACAGCAGGAAUGGUGUUCAGUACAGUUCUGUGCUCAGUCACCUGUCUCUUUGUUCUGAUGUGAUGAGUUUACAGAAAGAUGUCUAUGAACUCCAUUAACGCCCAGCUGUCGUCCCUGAAGACGUGUAUGACUGACAUCAACACAGGGAUGAACAUCGUGUCUGAUGUCGCUCUGGAUCUGGUCGAAGCCCAAGCCACUGAUGACAGUCCAGGUCUGAGGAAACUGGAUCAGAUGAUCCGGGAAUGUGCUAAACUGGAUAAAGAGAUCGGCUGCUUUGUGGAUUCAGUCGAACAGAUGAUCAAUCAGGUGAGACACGAACCUCCAGACGCCAUGUUCAAGCUGAAAGACUCCGUAAAGGAGCAAUUCACUGAACUCAUGGCUGCAGUCUCUGAUGCUGAAAUCGAACAGCACAACCAAGUGGUAGCCUUCAGAGACGGCAUCAAGAAAUCUCUGCAACAAAUAAACCAGGUGGCAGCCAGCAGCGUGGAGGAGGAGCUGGAUGAAGACAUCGCUGUAACACAGAGCCAGACGAACUUCACCUGCCCUCUUACUCAGGUCGAAAUGGUCAAUCCAGUGAAAAAUAAAAAGUGCCAGCAUUACUACGAUCAAGAAGCCAUUCUGUCGUUCAUUAAGACGAAGCAAAACAAUAAGAAGAAAUGUCGUUGUCCUGUGGUCGGCUGCGGAAACUCAGACGUCAAGCCAACGGAUUUGGAAUUAGACCCAGUUAUGAGGAGAAUGAUCCAGAACCAUAAGAGACAGAGUGGAAAGAGCUGAGCUGAACCCACACGGAUAUAUUCUUUUGUUCUAGUAGAGUUUUGAUGGUUCACAAACUGAGCAAAGGCAAAAUAAUGUAAAUUUAGAUUUUUUAAAAAUCUCUAUAUAUUUUGUGUGUUGUGUAAUGUAAUGUAAUAUAUAUAUACACAUACAUACACACACACACACAUGUAUAUGUCUUGUACAGCUUUUCUAAAAAUAAAACAGUAUCUGUGUGUAUCUUUAAUCUGUACUUUCAUACAAGACACGCAGGAAUUUC